AUUUCCAUUUUAGGCUGUAUCAAAACAAAGUUGAUCCUUUUCUCCUCAUUUGUUUGACCUUGCCUCUCCUUGUAUGCUUCAUCUUGCCGUUUGAAAAAAAAAUCGUUCCUUUUCUUAUUCCUUCUCCUCUUUCGGCAAUAAUAAAACAUCACACAGAAACAACUUAACAUGAAUCCUCAAAUCCUAGCAAUUCUUAACGCUAUCAAAAACAAUAACGAUUCAAUGUUUGCACUUGCACGGUCGGUCGGCUCCUUGGCAAGGGAAGUUGAUGUCACAGGCGGCUUCUACCAAAAAUCAUUUUUAAACGCUAUCAGACAAUAUCAAGCGCUCCACAAGAGGAAACAUGUGUUUUUUCAGAAUAAAGGUUGCGUUGCCGUCGACAUCAAACACAGACGACUGUUCAAGGCUCCUAGUGUAAUAGUCGGAAGACGAAGACGCGUCGCAACUGCCCAGUGUGUUGCUCUCUUUAAGCCAAGCACCAGUGUUGCUCGCGUCGGUGCUCGUAAUGCUCGUGGUGUUCGCUGUUGCGGUCGUGCUGGCAACUAA